AUGGACCGUAUGUUCGAUGACAUACGGGCAGCCACAUUCGAAGAUGCUCCUGAAGACAACACAACGUCACCAACUCACUCAGCAAUACCACAGUCCUCCCCAUCCACUACUAUCGACCAACUAUUAGAGGAUGCCCAACGUCCUCUUUUUGACGGCUGCACAAAAUUCUCAAAGCUCUCGUUCGUAGUGAAGUUGUUACACAUUAAAAUACUUGGUGGGUGGUCAAUCAAGUCUUUUGAUAUGCUUCUAAGCCUUUUGCGGUCAGCCUUUCCUAAUGCUGAAUUGCCACAAUCAUAUGAGGAGGAAAAUGCUAAUCUUAAUGAGUGCCCUAUCUGUAAGGCUUCACAAUGGAUGCCAAAUACACACGGCUCACGAGUAAUCCCUCAAAAAGUGCUUCGGCAUUUUCCUUUGAAGCCAAGAUUGCAGCGUCUCUUUGUGUCAAGCAAGAUAGCAGGUGACAUGAGAUGGCAUAAGGAGCAGUGGGUCACCGAUGAUACUAGUAUGAGACAUCCUGCUGACUCUGAAACCUGGAAGACAUUUGAUCAAGCUAACCCCAGAUUUGCUAGGGAUGCUCGCAAUGUUAGGCUCGGGUUGGCAAGCGACGGAUUUAAUCCCUUCAACAAUCUGGCUAAACCUUAUAGCAUUUGGCCAGCGAUUCUUGUCCCGUAUAACUUACCACCGUGGUUAUGCAUGAAAGACAUGUUCUUCAUGACAUCUCUCAUUAUCCCUGGCCCAAAAUCACCAGGGAAUGACAUUGAUGUUUAUUUGCAACCGUUAAUUGAUGAGUUAUUUGAACUUUGGGAACAUGGGGUACCUACAUUUGAUGCAUCUACUAAGGAAAUGUUCAUGUUACAUGCUGCCUUAUUGUGGACAAUCAACGACUUUCCCGCAUAUGGAAAUCUAUCUGGGUGGUCAACAAAAGGGAAACUGGCAUGUCCGUCUUGCAAUGAAAGUACAGAUUCCAACUGGCUGAAAUAUGGCAGAAAACAUUGUUAUAUGGGACAUCGACGUCUCUUACCGACAGAUCACAUGUGGCGAACGAGAAAAGCCUUGUUCAAUGGUAAAGAAGAUCUUCGUAUGCCACCAACUAUGGUUGAAGGAGUGGAUCUUUUAACUCAAUUACAAAUGCUUGGAGAUAUUCACUUUGGAAAAUCUCGUAGGAAGAGAAAACGCACUGCGGAAGAGUUGAACUGGACAAAGAAAAGCAUCUUUUUCAAACUACCUUAUUGGUCAACUUUGCGGCUUAGACAUAAUCUAGAUAUUAUGCAUAUUGAGAAGAAUAUUUCCGAGAACAUAUUGGGCACUCUUAUGAACAUUCCCAGCAAGACAAAAGAUAAUGCUAAUUCUCGGCGUGACUUAGAGAUCUUGGGCUUCAGAAAGGAAUUGCAUUUGAAACGUGAAGGUGAACGUGUUACAAUGCCACAUGCAUCAUACACAUUACAUGGAGAUGAAAGGAAUAAAUUCUGUGAGUGGCUUGCUGAGGUUAAAUUUCCAGAUGGGUUCGCUGCCAAUAUCACGCAUUGUGUAUCUAUACUUGUACACUUACCCCUUGAGGCCAUUCUUGGAGGUCCAGUUCAAUAUCGAUGGAUGUACCCGUUUGAAAGGUACCUGGGCAAAUUCAAGCGGUAUGUUAAGAAUAAAGCAAGUCCAGAAGGUUCAAUAGUGGAAGCUUGGGUUCACAUCGAGUGUUUGACAUUUUGCUCCAUGUAUCUCCAAGAUGUUGAGACGAAGUUUAAUCGAGCAGAUCGCAACAUUGAUAGUGUAGAAGAGGAGACUAUAGAUGGGUUCAAAAUUUUCAACCAGAAACUUCGUCCCUUGGGUAUGGCUAAUAAUGUGCAAUUCGAAGUUGAACUCCAUACAACAGCCAUUUGGGAACACUACGACAAAUGCAGGGUGUCAAACCCAAAUUCUGUAGAUCGCAUGCACCAAACCAAGUUUCCAAUUUGGUUCAAGCAACGUGUUCUGGACCAGCGUAACAACAAUCCACUUGAUGUGUCUCAAGAUUUGUAUGUGUUAGCUUGUGGUCCUGACCGUUGGGUUGCAUUAUAUGCUGCCUGCAUUAUAAAUGGUAAACGGUUCCAUACGAAGUCUCGUGAAAUUCGCUGGCGUUCACAAAAUUCUGGGGUAUUGGUAACUGGUGACGAAGCUACUGAUAAUGUAGACUUCUAUGGUGUUAUCAAUGAUGUAGUGGAGCUACACUACAUGGGAGGUCGUAGAGUGUACUUGUUCAGCUGUGAUUGGUUUGAUGUUGGUGAUAAGAAACGGGGGGUACGAGUAGACGAUCAUUUAACUAGUGUCAAUAUGAAUAGGACGUGGUAUAAGGACGAACCAUAUGUGUUGGCAUGCCAGGCUUCCCAGUGUUUUUACAUUAGGGAUAUCAGGGCGAAAGGGAACUGGUAUGUUGUGCAGAAGUACAAUAAUAGGAAUGUGUAUGACAUUCCUCCAGUGCAGAGGGUUUUAGAUAGUAAUGAUGGCGAAUCAAGUGACGAUGAUGCCUAUCAAGAGAAUGAGUCCCCAUAUGACUAUCCACUUUUGCAUUGUGGUCCACGCAGAAAUUCACCAGAUUUUAUUGAUGAUGGCAUGGUUCCAUCUGGUUUUGGAGAUGCUUAUGGUGAUUGGGAAGACUCAGAUGAGGAGGACCCAUCCACCGAGGAAGAGUCUGACUCAGAAUAA